AUGUUAGUACUUCUGAAGUCAUUGACACAGCAUGAGAUCCUUAUAGAUACCAUGGACAUUGCAUGUGGUGAUGCUAUAGAUAAAGCAGCCCGAGAACUAGGGAUGCGAGGCAACAUGCUUGGGCCUGAACUUGAGAAGUUCGUGAAUCUGAUACCCCAAAGUGAACGACAACACUAUGCAUCGAUCAGAACCCUCGACAGAAAUAACGAAUUCGGGUUCAAACUCACUCCUCCUUUACGCAAACCAAAGCAUCAAAAAGUUCCCGAAAACCUUUCCUUCACAUUUGCAUAUCUCCUCAGCUCAAUCAAAGACCACAAGAAGAGGUUCGAGCUUGAUGAAAAGACCAAACAGUUUCUUGCUUUCAAGGCACAGGAUGCAGUGUUUGAGCACAUGAUAGACAGGGUGAACAUAGCAUUCGCCAAAUACCCCAAAGAGCUUGCAGGAGUCAGGCACUUUGUUUGUUCAGGCGGAGUUGCAGCCAAUCAAGUGCUACGCCAGAAGCUCUUCAACCAAAUAAGGUCACCUCAUGACCUUAGUUUUCAUUUCCCUGAUCUCAGGGUUUGCACGGAUAAUGCCACAAUGAUCGGUGUGGCAGGCAUGGAUCUCUUUGAGAAACUCCGUGUCAAAUCAAGCAUGGAUAUAUUGCCUGUGCCUAAUUAG